AUGGAGUUGUUGCAAGAAGUGAAAGGCUAUUCACAAGAAGAGGAAAUCAUAACAAGAACAACAAAAGAAGAUGAAAGCAGUAGAAUCAAUCAUCAUCACCAUCACUCACCUGAGUCUCACAAUUCAUCUUCUGGAGGAUUAGGGUUAUUACACCAACAUCAUCAUCAUCAUCAUCAUCAACAUCAUCAAGAUGAAACAACAACAACAACCUCAAAUUUCACAAAUCAAACAAGUUUAAAACAAAUUGAUUUCAUGGAACUAUCACUAGGUAACAACAACAACAACAACAGCAUCAAAAAAGAUCCUAGUUCUUCGAAUGCAAACAACAUAAACAACCAACAUCAACAGCAACAUCAACAAGAACAGCAACAACAACAACAACCUAGUACUCAUGAAAAAGAACACAUGUUUGACAAAGUUGUAACACCAAGUGAUGUUGGAAAACUCAACCGUUUAGUGAUACCAAAACAGCAUGCUGAAAAGUAUUUCCCUCUGGAUUCAACAUCGAAUGAGAAAGGUCUUCUUCUCAAUUUCGAAGAUCGAAAUGGAAAAUUGUGGAGAUUUAGAUACUCUUAUUGGAACAGUAGUCAAAGCUAUGUUAUGACAAAAGGUUGGAGUCGUUUUGUUAAGGAGAAAAAGCUUGAUGCCGGUGACAUUGUUUCGUUUCAACGCGGCGUUGGUGAUUUGUUUCGACAUCGAUUGUUUAUUGAUUGGAGGAGAAGAUUAAAUCAUAACCAUAAUCUCGAUCCUUCAGGAACACUUUUCACUCCUUUCUUUCUUCCUAAUCAACAACAAUAUUCUAUUAGAUGGGGAGGUGGUAAUAGUAGAUUUUACUCACUUCCUUACCCUUCACCACAAUCACAAAGGUUACAACAAAAUCUUCAUGACCCUUUACAGAACCAGAUGAAUCACAAUUACCAAAUGCAUCCAUUUCAUCAACAUGGUGUUGGAAAUACAAAUCCAAAUUUCAAUUUUCAUCAUCAUGAUCCAAGUUCCGUCUUUUACAUGAGAUCAUCCUUACAAGCGACACCAUCAAUUGUUGAUCAAGGAAGCUUAACAAGACAACAAGGAGGAACUGGAGGAGACAAUGUUCCAAACAUGAUUAUUGAUUCUGUUCCUGUUUCUCAUCAUUAUCAUCAUCAACAAAGUGGUUUUUCUACCACUGGAAAUGGAAAUUUUACUAGUACUAAUACUAUAGCUAGUAGUAGUACUACUAUUAAUGGUGCUGCUAAAAGGUUAAGAGAAACACUUUCAACAUCAUCAACAACAUUUGAAGAGGACAAGAAAAGAGAAGCUUCAUUGAUUUUUGGUUUAGACCCUUCUUUGCAAUAUCAUAAUUUUCAUCAACAAAGAUGA